AUUUUCUUUGUUAUGCGUCUUUAAUCAUUGACAAUAAUGAAAAAAAUAACAGUGUAAAAGAAAGUAAGAAUACCUCAUAUAUAUUUUUAUACUAUAGUUAAAAGCGACUAAACGAUUGUAAGCGUGUAACAAUUAGAAAGAAAUUAUUUUUUGUCAAUAAUGUAAGCAGAAAAAUAAAUCGUUUUUUUUUUCCUUUUUUUUUGAAAAAAUUAUUGCUUAAGACGUUGAUAAAUCACUGAAAUAGACAAGCAAGUCGAAUAUUGAAUCCAGGAAGAAAAACAAGCGAGCGAAAAGAAAGAAUGAUCGAAAGUUUGAUUGAAGAUUGAAACUUGAAAGUAUCGAGGCGUGAAUCGAGGAAGAGAGACAUAAUGAUUCUUUUUCUCCGAGGAGGACUUUUCAGCAAGACCCAUUUCAGCGGCUCGCGGUCGACGGCCAGCUUUGCGACAAUUGACUCGCGACGUGAUAAGCAUGGUGCAAGAAGUAGCCAGAAGUAAUUGUCGGUUCCUCCCCAGAGAGAGACUAGAAAGCUGUGGCCAAGCAAAACGUAUAAAACGCCAACGACGAGGCCCCUCACUUUAGUUCGACGAACUGAACUGCUAAACUUGCUUUCAGUUCACGAGAAGACGAUGAAUAAUUUGGGUAUUACAUUGAUGUUGCUGUGUGCCGUUUACGGCGCACUAGGAGGUCGACGCUACAUUGCAAUUCCCGUGGAUGGUAUCGAAGGUAUCGACGUCAUCGAGGUGAGCCCAAUCACGUCCUCGAGGGUGGCUCGACAAACAGAAGCAUACGUACCGGUUCCUGUACCCAGCGUCGUUCAUCAGGACGACUCGAGAGACCAACGUUCCGAGCGAUCGGCCACGCGUGUCCUGGACUACGUCGACUUCGGGGGACAGACUGGCUCCGACGGAGCCUUCAGCUGGUACGCUGAUUAUCCAGCUCAUCAUUUAUAAUUCCUUCACUUCACUCGAGGCGAAACAAAAGUGAAAAUGCAGAACGUCAUGGGAUAUUCAUCACUAAUGUAAUAAUUAAGAGCAACGUAUAAUUGUACAAAGAUAAAGAUUCUACGAAUGAAAUGUAAUGGAAAGUGUGAAAUGUUGAAAAAAAGAUUUAUAGUGAUAACGAAAAAGACAAAGUUCUCUUCGAAUUUUAAUCGAAAUAAAUUCGAAUAUCUAAAGAUUCGAGAACUUUACAAUAUAAAAAAUUAUAAUAUGAAUCAACAAAUUGUUUUUUAAAACCGAAAAGGCUGACAUCGAUUCAUGAGAGUCAAAUAUUCAAGAAUGAUAAUGUAUCUUACAUUGUAAGCCAGUUUUCUUUAUUUUUUUCGUAUUUGUUACAAUACAAUAAAUAGUGAGAGGGUUUAA